UGAAAUUACACUCAUACAAACGCUGAUUCUUAUUGAUCCUCCGGUUAUACACACAAGACAUGUUCAUCGAACGAUAUCUUGCAACCGGAGUUUCAUCCCUCCUUCAUGGACAUCUGAGCUUUCCUCAGUGCGUCCGCAGCAUCCGAGGAAGCCAUGCGCUCGCUGUUGCUCGUUUACCUCCUGUUAUCAGUGGCAGCCCGAGACGCCGAAGAGGCCGACUGCCAAGUCUGCAACCACCUCUACGUCUGCCUGGCACAAGGAGUCCUGCACAGCGUCGCGUUCGAGGACGUGAACGCAGUGCAGACCAUAGAGGACAUCGAGCUUCAUUUAGAAGGUCUCGGGAUAGUCGACAUAGCCAGAGACGCGUUCCUCGAGGUGUCAAAUGCCUCAGCUUUGUACAUACGCGACAACCGACUGUCUAUAGUACUCAGACAUCACUUUUCUGGCCUGGACCAGCUGACGUACUUGGACCUGAAGAAUAAUACCAUCAGUGAAAUCGAAGACGGUGCCUUUGCCAAGCUGCACAGUCUUGAGACGCUGUUGUUGGACUACAACAAUCUGACAGGUCUCAGGCCUGGGAU